AGGAAGAGAAACACAGGAGAGGCUGUGGGUGGGGAUAACGGUUCUGGAGAGAGAAAUACAGUUAAAUGUCUCCCUUAGGGUCAAGUUAUAUAUUGGGGGAGAAAAUGGAAGGACCGGUUUUUUGUUAUUUCUUUUUCUUUCCUUAGGAUCUGGGUGGGAUUGAAAGGAACCUAACCAAACUUGUAUCCAUUUUCCCAUUUUCAGGUUUCUUUAGCAAACACUAAAACUAAUAAAUCAUCUCCCAUCUAUGGGACAGAUUCGUACAUGGUAUCACUGACAACAAAACUUCGGGUACUCACCUGGAGCCCUCGAAGAAGCAUCUGGGAAGAGGCAAAGCGCAAGGAGAUUGCCAACUUAUAUACCGUCACUGCCUUGGCCUGGAAACGGGAUGGCUCUCGACUCUGUGCGGGCACACUCUGGUGGAGUGAAACAGUUUGACUGCUGCCUCCGGAGAAGCAUUUACAAGAAUAAGUUUGAGUUGACGUGUGUGGGACCUAGCCAGAGUGUCUGCACAGGAGCAGGAGAACGCCAGAGGGAGAGGGAGCACAAGCUGGAUGAUGAUAUGAUCCGCCUGGUAGGGAAGCACCACCCAGAUCUCCUCAGUGACACACACCUACACCUGGGCAAGGAGCUGGAGGCUGAAGGCCGACUGCAGGAGGCCGAGUAUCACUACCUCGAGGCUCAGGAAUGGAAGGCAACAGUGAACAUGGACCGGUCCAGUGGGCUUUGGGAGGAGGCCUACCGGGUGGCCAAGGCUCACGGAGGAGCUGAUGCCCACAAGCACGUGGCCUAUCUGUGGGCAAAGAGCCUGGGAGGAGCGUCCGCAGUGAGACUGCUCACUAAGCUCGGACUCCAGGCAGCUGCCGUGGACCACGCCGCCGCCAACUGCUCAUUUGAAUUUGCUUUUGAACUCUCCCGGCUGGCCCUCAAGCACAGAACCCCUGAGAUGCAUCUCCCAUAUGCUAUGUACCUGGAGAAUGAGGGUAAAUUUGAAGGGGCCGAAGCUGAAUUCAUCAGGGCUGGUAAGCCCAAGGAAGCAGUCCUCAUGUUCGUCCAUAACCAGGACUGGGAGGCAGCUCAGCAUGUGGCCGAGGCCCACGAUCCUGACGCUGUUGCCAAGGCACUUGUGGGGCAGGCCCGGGGGGCCUUGGAGGAGAAGGACAUUCAGAAAGCAGAAGGGCUGCUGCUUCGGGCCCAGAGACCGGGCCUGGCCUUCAAUUAUUAUAAGGAGGCUGGAUUAUGGAGCGACGCUCUGCGGAUCUGCAAGGACUACGUGCCGGGCCAGCUGGAGGCUCUGCAGGAAGAGUGUGAGCGGGAGGCUACCAAGAAAGGGGCCAGGGGCAUGGAGGGGCUCGUGGACCAAGCUCGCCAGUGGGAGCAGGCUGGAGAGUAUAGCCGUGCCGUCGACUGCUACCUCAAGGUGUGGGGCUCAGGCAGCAGCAGCCUGGUGGAAAAGUGCUGGAUGAAGGUGAGGCGGGCUCCACCCUUCCUGGCCGCCCACUUCCCGGACCGCCCUCACAGCCAGCAUUCCUCCUCAGACAUUGCUUUUUCCUCCUGGGCCUCUCAUUUUCGCUCAGGCGGCAGGUACCUGCUGAGUGCUUGCUAGAUGCUAGAGCCAGAACUAUGAAAACUAUAAAAGGGGAUCUGAGGCAGAACGCCUAACAGCCUGAAAUUGCGGGAAGUUGGACACCACUGUGGCUCAGCUAAUUGAGUACCUCGGUGAAGAUAAAGGCUGUGAUUUGAAGUGGAGUUCAGAGACGGGGUAAAAUGAAUAGAUUUCACACCUUGAAGCUGAGACCCUGGUGCUAACUGUACAGAAUUCCCACUUUCCAGCUGUGAAAUAGGAGCCA